AUGCGCGCAAAGCCGUCCUGCACAUCCCCGUAUGCGCGCGUCAUUUCUCCCCACUCCGCAUUCCUCCCCGCCUCCCCCAACCUCUCCUCCUUGCUGUUCUUCUUCCUAGCCCAGCUCACCAUCUCUCUCUUUUCCCCUCUCGUCCCCUCCACCCGCCGUUUCUCACGCUUUUCGCGCAUCAUGGUGUCGGGCAGCGGAGUGGUGAAGCAGACCAUUGUGGUCGACGCGCGUCACCACAUGCUGGGGCGCCUCGCGUCGAUCGUCGCUAAGGAGCUCCUUAACGGCCAGCAUGUGGUCGUGGUGCGGUGCGAGGACAUCUGCCUGUCGGGCGGGCUGGUGCGCCAGAAGAUGAAGUACCUCCGCUUCCUCCGCAAGCGCAUGAACACCAAGCCCUCCAAGGGCCCCUUCCACUUCCGCGCGCCCUCCAAGAUCUUCUGGCGCACUCUCCGCGGAAUGAUCCCCCACAAGAUUCCCCGCGGCGCCGCUGCUUUGGACCGCCUGAAGGCGUUCGAGGGCAUCCCCGCGCCCUACGACAAGAUGAAGCGAGUCGUCAUCCCCGACGCGCUUAAGGUGCUGCGGUUGAAGCCUGGGCACAAGUUCUGUCUGUUGGGUCACCUUGCCCAUGAGGUUGGCUGGCACUACUGGGAUGUUGUCAAGGAGCUGGAGGCCAAGCGUAAGGCUGAUGCUGUGGAAUACUACAAGGAGAAGAAGGCGACUAUCAAGGCGCGCGCAGAUGCUGUUAAGGUCGCGUCGUUCGUCACGUCGCUCGUGACGUCCGCGAUCAUCUUCCUCCUGCUCCUCACCCUCUUCUCCAUCCUCAUCCGCCGCCCCGCCAACUUCCCCAUCUACUUCCCCAAGCGCAUCCUCCGCGGGCACGGCCCUCCGCCGCUCGCGGAGAUCAGCGCGCUGGAGUGGCUCCGGCGCGUGCUGCGCUGCACGGAGCAGGACGUGGUUCACUCCGCGGGGCUGGAUGCCGCAGUGUAUCUGCGUAUACAGCGCAUGUGUCUGAUGAUCGUGCUGUGGCACGCCGCGUACUGCCUCCCCGUGCUCAUUCCGCUCUGCGCCACCGGCGGGUUUUACGCUUCGUUCAACGCGGGGCGGCCUCCUGCGGAGCAGAUCAAUUUCUCCGCGCUGGAUGCCAUUGCCAUGGGGAACGUGCCCGUGAGUGCUGCCUGCCGCUUGAAUCUACUUUCUGUGGUGUCUUUUGAGUCGGACGCAAAGGUACACUCAGACUCAGAUCCUCAUCUGCAGUUCUCCGCGCUGGAAGCCAUUGCCAUGGAGAAUGUGCCCCCCAACGACUCUCGCCUGUGGGCCUUCUUUGUGGGCGCGUACUGGUCCGCGCUGGGCACGCUGCUCAUUCUGCACCGCACGUACCGCCACGUCAGCAGGCUCCGCGCCAAGCAGAGGGAGGAGGACCCCGAGGUCCAGGUGGAGGAGUUUGCAGUGCUGCUGCGCAACAUCCCCCCGCACCGCUGUGCACCCAAGAACACCGUUUCUAUCGCUCCUGUGCCUGGUAAUGCUAGUAGUGCUGGUGGUGCAGGUGCUGGUGCUGGUGUUGUUGCAGCUAGUAGCAGCAAUAGUAGCGGCGGCAGCAGCAGCAGCAGCAGCAGCAGCAGGCCUGCUGUGUCUGCACCACUGCUGUCUGCGCAGGGAGGGGCUGAGCCAGGAGCGAGAGGGGUCGGGGCCCCAGCUGGUAGCGGCGUUGACAGUGACGACGAGGAGGAUGGUGACGGUGAUGGUGAUGUGUGGAGGAAUCAAGAGGAGGAGGAUGGGGAUAGGGGACAGCAGCAGAAGUCAGUCCAAGCAGAGAAACAUGGGCGAGAUGAAGAGCUGGGACUGGGGGAGGAAACUGGAGGGGGAAGCGGGACAGGUGGAAAAGGAGGGGGAAGAGGAGGUGGGGGUGAUGGUGGUGAGAAUGUUGGGAGGUCCAGGCGGAGGGAAGCAGCAGAUGCUGUGGAUACAUUGUUCGGGUGGCUGUAUGGGGAAGCCUACUGUGGUGUCAACAUUCUGAGAUCGCUGGAUAAGCCGCGCACGGUUCUGCAGCAGCUGGCAGCAGCACGCAGGCAGCUACUGCGCGCCAAGGCCACGUGGGUGCAAGCACAGAGAGACGCAGGCAGGGCAGAGGAACCUGCUGCAGGGGGGGUGAUGAUCACCCAUGGAGGGGGGAUUGCAGACAGACGGCGAGAGACAACAGGUGGGCUGAAGGGGGGAGCAGCAGGAGGCGCGGAGGAGGAGUGGGAGGCAGGAGAGUCGAGCGGCGCAGGGCCGGAGGUCCUGGUGGGGACAAGGGGGGCGGUGGGACGCGCGGAACGGCUAGGGUGGUGGCCUAAGGGGUGGGUGCGGCGGAGAGGCAGUGGUGGUGAUGGGGAUGGGGAUGGGGAAGGGGAGGGGCAUGCGGAGAUGGGCAGAGGGGGAAGCAUGGGGAGUAGUGGUGGUGGUGCUGCUGCUGGUGCUGCUGCUGGUGGUAGCGGUGGUGGUGGUGGUGGUUGGUGGGGGCGAGGGAAGGGGAGGGGAGAGGUGGAGAGGCCGCAGCAUCGGACGGGAUGGAUGGGUCUGUGGGGAAAGAAGGUAGAUUCGAUCCGGUUCUAUGAGGAAGUGGUGCGGUGCAAAGAGCGGGAGCUGAAGCACGCACAGAGAGAGGCGUGGGCUGGGAGCACUAGCCGCUGCAUAUCUGCUGGUGCUGGUGCUGCUGGUGGUGGUGCUGGUGCUGCUGGUGGUGGUGCUGGUGCUGCUGGUGGUAGUGCUGGUGCUGCUGGUGCUACCGCUGCUGCUACUGGUGCUGGUGGAAAGGCUGGGCCUAUGUGGCAGAUGCGACUGAGGAGGAGGAGUGAGGAGGACGAGGAGGAAGAGAGGCAGGAGAGGCAGCAGCUUGUGUGCGCUUUGGAAGGCGAGGAGGCAUCACCACCGGGGGCAUGUGGGGGAGGUGGGGGAGGUGGAGGAGGUGGAGGAGGUGGAGGAGGUGGAGGAGGAAGGGAAGGAACUGGAUAUGCAGCAAGGGGUACGGUUGACACUGCGGGAAGGCCAGGGAUUAUGGAAGGGACGGGUGGAAAAAGGGGCUUGGAAGGGAUUCAGGAAGAGGAAGGGGAGGAGGGUGAGGAGCAGGAGAGGGAGGAGGGGGGCAAAGGGGAGGAAGAAGAAGAGGAAGGGGAGGGAGAGGGUAACGAAGGUCGCAGCAAGGGAUCUCUAACCGGGCGUGUGGGGCGGAUGGCGAAGCGGCCAGCAGCAAGAGCAGUGUCAGCAGCAGCUGAGAAGCCGGUGGUGGGGGGUGUGGCGCGAGGAGUGCAGAGGAUGGUGAUGACGUCUGCGGGCGUUGUGGUGUUUGGGGAUCGUGUGAUGGCGGCAGUGGCGGCGCAGACUCUGCAUGCUGACAACGCCAUGCUGUGGCACACAGAGCCGGCCCCGGAGCCCAACGACGUGCUGUGGGACAGCAUCAGCAUCUCGCGAGUGUCGUGCGCCAUCAGGACCGCUGCCGUCUACGUCCUCGUCUUCCUCACCAUCUGCUUCUACAUGAUCCCCAUCGGCUUCAUAUCCAGCCUCACCACCCUGCAGAACCUGGAGAAGUCACUGCCGUUCCUCAAGCCCAUCGUGGAACAGCCUGUCCUGCGCACGUUCAUAGAGGCCUUCCUUCCGCAACUUGCGCUCAUCCUCUUCCUCGCGCUGCUCCCCAACCUCCUCCUCCGCCUCUCGCUCUUCGAAGGCCUGCCCUCGCGCUCCCACGCCAUCCGGGCAGCCUCGGGAAAAUAUUUCUACUUCACGGUUCUAAACGUGUUCAUCGGAACCACUCUCACAUCUGGCGUUUUCCAGGCGAUCAAGCAGAUCGUGGAUCAUCCAACGGCUGUGGUUGACUUGCUCGGAUCUUCCCUCCCGCAAGCCGCGACGUUUUUCAUCUCCUACAUCUCCCUGAAGUUUCUCGUAGGAGCCGGGCUCGAGCUUACGCGGCUCGUCCCGCUCGUGCUUUUCCACGCGCGGCGCCGGUUGCUCUGCCGCACGCAGCCGGAUCUGCGCGACGCGUGGAAGCCCGGCGAGCCGGACUACAAGAGCUUGCUCCCCGGAGACCUCCUAGUCGCGACGCUCGCGCUCUGCUACGCGGUGAUUUCGCCGCUGAUUCUCCCGUUCGCCGGCGCGUAUUUUCUCACGCAGUGGCUCGUUAUGAAGAACCAGCUCGUGCAGGUAUACGUUAACGAGUUCGAGAGCCGCGGAAGGAUUUUUCCGCACGCGUUGGCGCGCGUUCUGGCGGCGCUCGUGCUGUCGCAGCUCACGCUGAUUGGCUACUUCGGAGUGAAGCAGUUCCCCGCGACGCCCGCGCUCAUCCCGCUGCUGUUCAUCUCCGUGAUUCACGCUGUCUACAUGCACCGGCGCUUCCACGCGUCCUUCGCGCGCCCGUCGCUGCAGCAGGCGAGUCGCGCCGGCGCGCCGCCGGUGCCGCCUCCCCCGGAAGAGGACAAGAUCAGGGAGGCGUAUCUGCCGGAGGAGAUGCGGCGCGUGCAGAAGCAGAGGGAGUGGGAGGAGGAGGUGUGCCGGGUGCUGCCUGGGGAGCCUGUCAUGGAGCGAGGGAGAUUGUCACGUGGCAAGGAGGGAUUCGGCAAGGACGAGGAAGAUCUUUGCUGA